CGAAGAGCAAAUGGAUGGGGGACCGAAUCGAAAUUAAUAGGCCUUGGAAGCUUCCCAUUGUUUCUCUUCGUCUUCUCGUCGUGCGGCGCCCGCCGUGUCCAAUCUGUGUCGGAGGAGCUCGGCUCGGGAUUGGUGCCAUCGAUCGGGGAUGGAGCAGCGGCUGCUUCGCAGGCUGAAAGCCUCGAUCUUGCGGCUGCGAUGCCGGUCUCCGUCGGAGAUCACUGUACCUGUUUGGAGAUGUACACGAAGUGUAAUAAACGAUACAAUUCCGAAAAAGGCUGGAAAUUGGUACAAUCCAAAAGUAAUAAUAGCACUAAUGUGCAGUGGUGCAGCUUAUAUAUAUCAGGUACAUUGCCAUUUGUUGAGAAUUUCACAUACAAGGAGAUCGAUAAAGCAACUAAUGGAUUCGGCAUGGUUCUUGAAAGUGGUGCUCAAGGAACAAUUUAUAAAGCUCGAUUUCCUAAUGGACUUGUUGGUGCCGUCAAAAGAGUAAGAUCUCAGCAACUAGGGAAAGAUACCUUCUUUGAGAAUGUGCAACUGUUAGGACGCUUGCAUCAUCGUCAUCUUGUCAGACUCAAAGGGUUUUCCGAGGGCAAAUAUAGGUUUCUUGUUUUUGACUACACGGAAAAUGGGAGCCUGAAGGAUUAUCUUCAUGAUCCGUUGAGAACACCGUUGAAUUGGAGGACCAGAUUACAGAUUGCUAUUGAUGUAGCAGCUGCUCUGGAGUACCUCCAGUAUUUUUGUGACCCACCUGUAUACGAUGUGUCUGUCAACUCAAACAAUAUAUUAUUGGAUGAGAACUUUGUUGCCAAGUUAUCUGAUGUGGGCUUCGUCGAUAGUGAUUUCAACCGCAAUAGUGAAUCAAAUGUCACGUGUUCAGAAGAUGAUACCAAACAAAAACAUAGGAGACUGGUUUUCCAGUUUGGUGUGCUCCUUCUUGAGCUUAUAACUGGCCAGUCAUUGUUCAACGAAGCAGAAAUUGUCCAAUGGAUCCAAGAAUCUGGAUUUGCCUACUCAAUCCACAAGAUGGUGGACACUGAUCUUGGAGAUAGUUAUGAUUCCAAAGAACUCCAAAGUCUUUUAAUUAUAGCAAGAUUGUGUACCAAGACCGAAAACGAUACAUUAAUUUCUAUUCCCCAGAUAUUACGGUAUCUGCAAGGACGCCUGGAACACUCUGCUUUGUAAUAUUAGUGUGAUAAUCUUGAGAAUUUAACUCGGAAUUUAUACUUUUUGAAAAUGUAAAUUUGACUAAUAAUGUAAAGAAGUUGGUGAUCUUUUUUU